AUUGCUUAUCGUUCCGCUGAGUGGCUUGGUCACCUGUUCGCCGAGGGAGAAAAGAGAGAGAGAGAGGGUUAGAGUUGGUAGAAAUGGCAAUGGGAAGUGUGAGCAGGAAAACCCUAGUGGGACUUGGAAGAAAUGUAGGAUUUGGAGGGAUAGGGUAUGUGCGUGGAGUGAAGACCUUCACGCUUCCAGACCUUCCUUACGACUAUGGUGCUUUGGAACCUGCCAUCAGCGGAGAGAUUAUGCAACUCCAUCACCAGAAGCACCACCAGACCUACAUAACUAACUUCAACAAGGCUCUCGAACAGCUUGACCUAGCCAUCGCUAAAGGCGAUGCCACUGCCGUCGUCAAAUUGCAGAGCGCCAUCAAAUUCAAUGGCGGAGGUCAUGUAAACCACUCAAUUUUCUGGAAGAAUUUGACCCCUGUUCGAGAAGGAGGUGGUGAGCCUCCAAAGGGUUCAUUGGGCUGGGCUAUUGACACUCAGUUUGGCUCUUUAGAAGCUCUGAUUCAGAAAAUGAACACCGAUGGUGCUGCUCUUCAAGGUUCUGGAUGGGUGUGGCUUGCUCUUGAUAAAGAACAGAAGAAGCUUUCUGUUGAAACCACAGCAAAUCAGGAUCCACUUGUGACUAAGGGGUCAGGUUUAGUUCCUCUGCUGGGGAUAGAUGUUUGGGAGCAUGCAUACUACUUACAGUACAAAAAUGUGAGACCAGACUAUCUGAAGAACAUAUGGAAGGUUAUCAACUGGAAAUAUGCAAGUAAUGAGUAUGAGAGAGAGUCUGCUUGAGGUGGGGCUCUGAGUAAGCUCUUAAUGUAGGGUCUGCACGCGUAUAUGCAGGAAUAAUAAGCAUUGUCGUGUAUAUGAAAGUCCAAAAGUUGUAACGAGUUUAUGUGCCUUUUGGUGGUAUUUACUUAGUGUAUCGGCUUUUGUAAGCAUGGUAUGUCCGGUUUACUUUCAAGUUUUGUGAAAACCUUAAGUUUCAAAUUGAGCUUAUUUCAGAUGAUGAUGGCGAUCAAUAAUAAUGCAGCUCAAUUUUGUACAUCA